UGCACUGCACUGCAUAUAAAUGGGUGCCAAGCUAGCAACCUGCUUACAUCAGUGCACCAGUUUGUUAGAGUCCUCUGUCCUCUCCUCUAACGAGCUAGUUAGAGCUGCCUGUCCGUAGCACCAUCCUGUACUAGUGCAGUGGGUAGUGUGGUACAGGCUACUAUACGGAGCAGAGAUGAGCGCUCAGGUUCCUGUGCUCGUUGCGGUCAUCUUCGUGACAUGGGCUUGCUUCUUGUGCCGCUCGUCGGAGUCGUCGCCGCUGCAGGUGGGGUACUACAACGCCACCUGCCCGGCCGCCGAGGGCCUCAUCCAGACCAUCGUCCACGCCGCCGUCCGCAAGGACUCCGGCAACGGGCCCGGGCUGAUCCGCCUCUUCUUCCACGACUGCUUCGUCAGGGGCUGUGACGCGUCGGUGCUGCUCGACGACCCCACCGGCAACGCGACGGUGGAGAAGAUGUCCCCGCCCAACUUCCCCAGCCUGCGCGGCUUCAGCGUCAUCAACCGCGCCAAGCGCGUCGUCGAGCGCCGCUGCCCCGGGACCGUCUCCUGCGCUGACAUCGUCGCCUUCGCCGCCCGAGACGCCGCCCGCAUCAUGGGCGGGAUCAAGUUCGCCAUGCCGUCCGGCCGCCUCGAUGGCCGCAUCUCCAGGGCAUCCGAGGCUCUCGCCAACCUGCCCCCGGGCUCCUUCAACCUCACCCAGCUCGUCGCGAGCUUCGCGUCCAAGAACCUCACCGCCGACGACAUGGUUACGCUCUCCGGCGCGCACUCCAUCGGCCGCUCGCACUGCUCAUCCUUCGCCGGCAGGAUCUACCCGCAGCUCGACGCGUCCCUCAACGCUACGCUCGGGAGGCUGCUGCGCGGCCGGUGCCCCGCCGCCACGGGCCGGCGCGACCGCGUCGCGGCCCUGGACUUCAAGACGCCGCUGCAGCUGGACAACCAGUACUACCGCAACGUGGUGACGCACGAGGUGGUGUUCACGUCGGACCAAUCGCUCAUCGACAGCAACGACACGGCGGCGCUCGUCGCGCUCUACGCCGCCAACCGGGCGCUCUGGUCGCAGCGCUUCGCCGCCGCCAUGGUCAAGAUGGGCAACAUCGAGGUGCUCACCGGACCACCCGGGGAGAUCAGGCUCAAGUGCAACAAGGUCAACUAAUCACUAGCAUCAUAAUCGUUUCAGUCAACUCAAAGGCGCCAUUGAUUGAUCGAUCGAUCUGCAUUCAUGUGUACUUAACUGUACAUGAUAUGAUCACUCCAUUUUGCCUUGUACUGUUGGAAGCUGUAACAUAAGAGAGAGGGUGGAUCAAUUUGUCAGUGUUCAAUGAUAAUAUAUUUGAUUGAUCCAACUUGUGGAAAUUGAAGAACAACUAU